ACAUCAAACAAACCGUGUUUAAUAGUUGCAGUGUGUUUAUAUGGGUUGAACUACAAACUCUGAUAAGUGUACAGUCUCCGUCCUAUUCAUUCAUGCAUUCUCGACGUGAACCCAGGUAGCUCCGGAGAGCCAAUCACAAGGCGCGCUGUCUGUUCCGUGUUUUGCAGAAAAGCGACUCCCUCACCCGUCACUGCUGCAGAACAGACUGCUGCACACCGACCAGGAAGUCCUCAUAAAACGAAACACCGUCUUCUCAUGUUGUUUUUUGCAGGCUGCACGCGUACAAUGUGACUUGUUUCAAAAUGAGUAAGAGGAAAGGCAAAGCGAUCGGUGACGUUACAGCCGUCAAGAGCCGCAGACUGAUCGCUCAUACGAAGCAUCAGAGACCUUCAUCCAGCAGAGGCUCUCCCUCCGCCACAGGAGAUAUCGGCCUCAUUGAGAGCAUCACUCUGAAGAACUUCAUGUGUCACCAUUGGCUUGGUCCGUUCCAGUUUGGGCCCAAUGUGAAUUUCAUCAUCGGCAACAAUGGAAGUGGAAAAAGUGCCAUCCUGACUGCUUUGAUCGUGGGCCUCGGGGGAAAGGCCACCGUCACAAACAGAGGAAUGUCUCUGAAGGAUUUUGUGAAAACCAGCGAGAACACUGCAGAUAUAACAGUAAAGCUGAGAAACCGAGGACCAGACGCUUUUAAAAGGGACAUCUACGGCGACUGCAUCUCCAUCGAGCACCGGAUCUCCAGUGACGGAUGCAGGACCUGCAGAUUGAGGAACAAAACAGGACAACUUAUCUCAAGCAAGAAGGAGGAGCUGACGGCCAUUUUGGACCACUUUAACAUCCAGUUGGAUAACCCCGUGUCCAUUCUCAACCAAGAAAUGAGUAAACAGUUCCUGCAUUCAAAAAAUGAAUCCGACAAGUAUAAGUUCUUCAUGAAAGCGACUCUGCUGGAACAGAUGAAGAGAGAUUACAUCCACAUCAAGCACACCAAAACAAUUACACGGCAGCAGGUUGAGAGACAAGAGGAGUCUCUAAAGGACCUGAAGCAAGUGUUUCUCCAGAAGAAAGAGAGGUAUGAAAAGUUACCGUCCUUCAGCGAGAUGAAAGUGGUUUUGGAGAAUCUGAAGAAAGCAAUGGCUUGGUGUUUGGUCAGAGAUAAGGAGCAGCUUGUGCAGCAGUUAAGGGAGAACUUUGACAAGCAGGCGAAUAAUCACACACAUCAGGACAACCUUCAGCUCUGUCAGUUUAAGGUCACACAAGUAGAGAAGAAGCUUCAGUUCAUCAAAAGCAGGUUUGGCAGCAUGAGACAGGAGCAGGAGUCUCUAUCUGAAGACAAUCUGAUGUUGAAAGAGAAAGUGAAGGUCGUCAGCAAAGCUCACAAGGACCAGGAGCUUGUUUAUUUUCGAGCUCUGAACAAACUCAGGCAGUCAGAGAAGGAGCAAAACCUUCUUCAGGAGAGAAUUAAUAAGGCAAAAACAAGUGUAAGCCUGAACAAUGAUGGAGACACCGAAUAUACAAAACAGCAGAAGAAAAUAUCCAUUCUGAAGGAGCAGCUUGCUGAGCUUGAGACAAAGUGCUCAAAGCUGAAUCAGGAGAUCAAGAACAAACAUCAGGCACUUUUCACAGGAAGGGAAGAGCGGGACAAGCUGAGAUUGGAGGAAAGAAACAUCCAGGUUGUGUACGAGUCCAAACUGAGGAGGAAGAAUCAGAUCCUCGCCAGCCGAUCGAACAAACUGAAGCGGUUUGGAGAUCAGAUACCCGACCUGCUGGGUUCCAUCGCCGAGGCGUACGCCACAGGACGCUUUCUCAAGAGACCUGUUGGUCCAAUAGGGGCGUGCAUCAGCUUGAAGGAUCCCAUGUUGGCUGUAGCCCUGGAGUGCUGUCUGCGGAGCUUCAUGAAGGCUUUCUGCUGCGACAACUACAAAGACGAGGCGGUUCUCCAGGAGCUGAUGUGUCGCUACUAUCCAAAGGGCAACAGGCCGCAGAUCAUCGUCAGCCCUUUCUCUGAAAAAGUUUACAACAUUCAUGGACGGAAAGCACAUCAUCCAGAAUAUCCGUCAGUGCUGGACAUAAUCACAGCAACAAGCCCGGUCAUCAUCAACUGCCUGAUCGAUAUGAGGGGGAUAGAAUCAAUUCUCAUUAUCAAAGAAAAAGACAAAGCGAGGAGGAUCAUGCAGCAAGACCGGCCUCCUAAAAACUGCCGUGAAGCCUUCACCGCUGAGGGAGAUCAGGUGUAUACAAACCGUUAUUACACCUCCGACUUCAGCAUGGCCAAGUAUCUGGGCGGGGAUCUCGAGACUGAAAUAAGUAUGUUGGAGUCAGACCUGGAGAAUCUCCAGGCUCAGCUGUCCAGGUUUCAGCUCCAAGUGACCUCUGUGACCGAGGACAUCGUGAGCAUGGAGAGCAAUCUGAACAACACCAUCAUGACCCUAAAGAAGACUCUGGUCUCUGUGAAUCAAGUCAAGGCGUCAAUAACUGAGCUGGAGACUGCUGGCGAGGAUCACAUCGAUGACAUCAGCUCCUUGGAAGAAGUCGCCCAAGAGAACCUACAGAAGAUUGAGGAGGAAAGGCAGACUGUUCGUGAGGCGAAGACGGAGCUCGACGAACAUCAGAGAACAGCAGAGGACAUCGAGUCCAAGUACUCUGCUGUUAGAGAACGGAUUGAUCAGCUUUCUGAUGACACAGAGUCGUUAAAGGAUGAGCAGCUGAAGCUGGAGGUUGAGUGGGCAAAACAUGAACGAACCCUUAAGAUUUUAGAAACCAAACUGGAAGCUCAUGAAUUCAACAUCCAAGCUAUGAACACUGAACUCGCCAAAAGAGAGGAAGAGUUACAGGACUAUGUGGCCAAAGCUACCGAGAUCAGCCCCGAGCGGCAGCAGGUGACCGUCAGCACCAGGAGCAUCGACACCGAAAUCACUCGGCUGAAGAAGAAAAUCCAAGUGUACGAGAGCAGCCACGGCGAGCAGGAGCAGGUGGUCAGGGAGUACGCUGAGGCCCUCGCUCUCUACAGAGAGAAAACCAACCAAGUGAGAGAUCUGCGGAAGUUCAUCGAUCAGCUCGAUAACAUCAUGUCGGACAGGCAGAACAGAUACAAAAUAAUGCGUAGGUCACUCUCUGUCAGAUGCAAGUUAUACUUCAAUAACUUCCUGAUAAAGAUGAACUGCUGUGGCUCCAUGGUUUUUGAUCACAACAAUGAGACGCUCUCAAUCUCGGUGAAGCCUCCAGGCAGAGAGGACGAUGGUGUGAGUGACAUGAGGUCGCUGUCUGGGGGUGAACGCUCCUUCUCCACCGUUUGCUUCAUGCUCUCUCUGUGGGAGAUCACCGAGUCGCCCUUCAGAUGCCUCGAUGAGUUCGACGUCUACAUGGAUAUGCACAAUCGCAGAAUCUCUCUGGAUCUCCUCCUGGAGCUGUCAGAGCGGCAGCACCUUCGACAGUUCAUCUUCAUCACUCCCCUCACCACCAGCAAUCUGCCCAAAUCCAGCCUCAUCAAAAUCCACCAUCUUCAAGAUCCUGAAAGAGUUCGUAGUGAAACAAUGGAUGAAGAUGUUUGAACUGAGCUCCAGUGACCGAAACAUAAAAAGUGACAGACAUGAGGAUGAUUAUUCAUUUGCACAGUUGAUGUAUAUUUCAGUAUUGUUGAGUGUGUUUGGUAGUUGUAAAUGUCAUUGGUUUGUUUCCUAUGAUGAAUUUGUGAAUGUGUCAUAUCAUUCCUAUUAAUGCAAGAACGUUUUCAGUAUUUUAUAUUUUUAUGGAUUAUACCCCUUGUAGAAGUUGAUUACUUUGCAUUAGAAUCGAGCAUAUGUAUCAAAAAAAGGUUCAUCUUAGUUAAAAAAAUAUAUUUUUUUUAGUCUCUAUUUACAUGGUGAAGUAUACCUUAAUCUUUAACUCAAGCUAUUUGUUAUAAAUAUUUGACACAUUCUCCAGAAAAUAAGAGGAAAUUAUUAAUGUGGACAGAAGUGCUGCAUUACAAGAAUUACUCUUUUAUGAAAUGUAGUAAUGGUCUUAUUUUAAUAUGGUUUGCUGUUUAUUGUUUUCUCACUCUGAUGGCACUGCUGCCUCUCAGGAUGUAGGUUAGUUCACAUGACUUUUGGUGUGUAAAGUGCAGUUCUGCCUCUAGGGGCCACAAGUAAGAUACUCAAUCUGGAUAUAACUUGUAAAUAUUUAUCAUCCAUUUUAACAUUUUGGCCAUCUAAAUAACACAUUCAUUUCCGUUAUGAGUGGUAGUUUACUUUUAAAAUAUUUUACUCUGAAAAGGUUUUAAUGCUAUUUUUAUGUAGUUUUACCUCAAGAGCCUGCUUUCAGAGAUGACGACUUUUACUGUUAGAACGCAGAACUCUACUGAAACUGUCAGUGUUAAUAUUUAUAAUACGUUUGCUCCUAGAGUCGGUCAUAUUUGGGCUCUGUGACAUAAACAUGUGCACUCGCCAGUUCUCUUAAAACUGGUCAUCUAGCAGUCGUUUUCAGUAACUGCUGUGAAGAAUCAAAGCCAUUGUUACAAUAAAUUUUGGAUCAUCUAAACACCUUUGUUUUCGGUCCUACUUUUCAUACAUAACAUUAAGACCUUUCAACCGC